CCUUCAACGCUCCGCCAAUGCACCUCCUCACUCCUACUUCUAGCACAAUACACCAUGGACAUCGAUGACAUUCUCGCCGCGGUCGACCGGCCGGACGCCUCGACCCCAGAAUCCGCAGCCCUCGACCACCAAUUACUAACGCGCUUCUGGGUCGCCGAGCGCGGCGUGUCGGAGCUCCUCCCAUGGCCGGCUGCUCUAAUGGAGCGCAUGAUGGACCGCGUCAGGAACCAGAUAACCCAAAUCGAAGACCUCGCCGCCUCCUCCACAGACCCCAUGUCCGCAUCCACAACCACAAACGCAGCAACCACAAACCUCACCCUCUCAAUCCUGCAAACCGACCUCUCCCGAACCCAAUACCUAAUCCGCUCUCUUCUCCGUCAACGCCUCUCGAAACUCACCGCCCAUAGCAUGCAUUACCUCCUCCUUAUCUCCCGCCAAUCCCAACAACCCCAUCCCUCCUCGCAAUCUCAGUCUCAAGACUCGCAGCAUCAACAACAACCAGAAGACUCCAUCCCCGCCCCUCCCCAUCCCCACGAACCCACAUCCCCCCUAUCCAAAGAAGAAGUCUCCUUCCUGCACGCGCAUCAGACCUUACUAGCCGGACACUACGGGGCGUCAUUUCUGGGUUCGUUCCCGCCGCAGCUGAGACGGUUGGAUGAUAAUGCGGGGGGCGUGAGUAUGGUGCAGGGGCCGGAGGAGAAGGAGGUCGUGUUUGUGAGGUGUCUUGGGGAGGAGGUGCGGGUUGUCGUGCCUCCGGGGGAUGGGGUUGAGAGGGAGACGUUGGGGACGACGAUGCGGAUGGGGGAUGUUUGGGCGGUUAGGUGGGAGGGGGUUAGGGGGGCUUGGGGGAGGGGGGAGGUGGAGGUUCUUUAG